CCUUCUCCUUCUCCUCCUCCUCCUUUCAUACUCUUUUAACGCCACGCUCUUUCCAUUUCUUUCGCCGGCAAAACAGAAAGUCACACAGAAAACACGACGACGAAGAAAGAAAAUGUCUGCGACGGCGAUUGUUUCUCUUCCGAACCCAAAUGCCUUCGCCGCCGGGUUUGUUAAUCGGAAAUUCCGAUGCCGAAACGCCGUAGCUAAACCCAGUUCGAGAUAUUUACCUCCUCCUUCUUCUUCUUCUUCUUCUUCUUCUUCUUCUUCUUCUUCUUCUUCUCUGAUGAAGCCUUCGCCUCUUGCUUCUAGAUUUUCCCCGUUGAUUUUACCGAAUAGAUCUUUUAAUUCUUCACUAUCCAGGAGAUUCGACACUCUCAUGGAGUGGCAAGAAUGCAAAGUAAAGAUGAAGGUUGAAGUGCCUGUAUCAGUUGCUUAUGGGCUCUACUCGGAUCGAGAAUCGAUUCCUAGUUGGAUGUCAUUCAUUUCAUCCGUGAAGGUACUGAAGGACAAACCCGAUUUAUCUCGAUGGACCUUGAAGUAUAAAGCAUUUGGUCAGAAUCUAGAGUACUCUUGGCUCGCUAAGAAUUUGCAGCCUCUCCUGAACCAGAAAAUACACUGGAUUUCUCUAGAAGGCCUUCCUAACAGGGGAACUGUUCGGUUUUUCCCACUAGGACCUUCAUCAUGUGAUGUAGAACUAACCUUUGCAUACGAGGUUCCGCUGCUACUUAUACCAUUUGCAACAGCGCUUCAACCGCUAAUGCAAGGAUUGAUCAAGAAUAGUUUGGAGCAAUUUGCACAGAUAGCAAAAAGCACAAAUUCCACUUAGUUAAACAACACAACAGCAAAACUUUAAUUAUCCACAGCACACAUAUCAUCCUAUUCUUCUUACAGGAAUUUGCACAGAGAAUCAUUGUUGUGACGGUUACAAUAUUGUUUUUUUUUAAUACAGUGUUCAUGUCAAGAAAGGAUUGUUUAUAUAUAAUCACAACAUUUUAAUCU